AAUACUGUCAGAGAGAUACUGUCAUCGCGAUAUAUUUUUAGGAACGCAGAACGUGUAUAGCUUCCAGAAAACACUGAAAAUAAAUUUACUGGAGAAUCAGACUAAUUUACCGCUUCGUUGGAAAGAAUUGAAGAAACACCAAGCACGAAAUGCAACACGACGACGUUGUUUGGAGCAUAAUCAACAAAUCGUUUUGUUCUCACAAAGUCAAAACUGAUACACAAAAUUUCUGUCGUCAUGAGUAUAAUUUAACUGGUCUAUGCUCCCGUGCAUCAUGUCCACUAGCCAACAGUCAAUAUGCUACCGUUCGCGAGGAGAAAGGUAUCUUGUAUUUGUAUAUGAAGACAGCGGAACGAUCUCAUUUUCCCGGUCGACAAUGGGAGAAGGUGAAGCUGUCGCGUAACUUCGAAAAGGCCAUCCAUCAAAUCAACGAGAAUUUGCUGUUCUGGCACAAUUUCAUUCGACAGAAAUGCAAACAGCGUUUCGUCAAGAUAACGCAGUAUCUGAUCAAAAUGCGAAAAUUGAAAUUGCGCCGGGAAAAGUUGCUGGUGCCGGUGCAACGCAAAAUCGAACGACGAGAAACGAGACGAGAGAAAAAGGCAUUGGUGGCCGCGAAAUUGGACACAGCCAUUGAGAAACAGUUGUUGGAUCGAUUGAAGAAGGGCGCAUACCAAGAUAUCUACAAUUUCCCGGAAAUGGCCUUUAACAAAGCGUUGGAGAGCGAAGAGGUGGAAGAGGAUGUCGAUGAUGAAGAGCAGGAAGAUGAGGAGGAAAUGGAAAAGGAAAUGGAGUACGAAGCGGACGUACAAAAGGAAUUGGAUAUGGACGAUGAAUUUGUUGAAGGUGAUGAUGAUAGCGAAGAUGAAGAUAUGUCGGAUGUGGAAAGCGAGUCUGGCGAACGGGAAGAAGUUGAUGUUGACAGUGACUUCGAAUCGAGUGAUGAUGGAUCAGACAUUGAGGACAUUCAAGCACCGUCUACAUCUAAAGCUAAAACACCAAAAGAACCUGCCAGCAAACGUAAGAAACUUAAGAAACCGCGAGUCGAAAUCGAAUAUGAAGUGGAAACUGUACCGACAUCACGACAAAGGAUACAUCAGUGAGGUAACGAUUUUUAUUGAUGUUUCACACAUUUUGUUGUUAACACAUUUUGCAUUAUAUUAAAAUUGAAAAGAAAAGGAAAAGAGAUAAAUAAAUGGAAAAAUAUUUCAAUAUUUUAAAAUAAA